AUGCCAACCUCACAGGAUGAUCAGCAAUUGCCCAUGCGUACCCGCAUGGAGCUUUUCAUCCGACGAAAACAACAAGAGAUCAUCUCCAAGUUGGAAAAUGUAGACGGUACACGUUUCCGGACAGGUGAAUGGGAGCGGCCCGAUGACGGCGGCGGAGGUCGGACUUGCGUCCUACAGGAUGACAAGGUUUUCGAAAAGGCGGGCGUGAAUAUCAGCAUCGUGCAUGGGAAGCUUAACAGGGCGGCGAUCGAAGAGAUGCGGCAAAAUCACAAAAGCUUGCCCUCGGAUGACCAAGAGUUGGAGUUCUACGCACUAGGCCUGAGUAUGGCCGUCCAUCCCAGGAAUCCAAUGGCACCAACAGUACAUAUGAACGGCCGAUAUUUCGAGACCGUCCGACCGGAUGGAUCAGCACAAACGGCAUGGUUUGGCGGUGGCAGCGACCUGACACCCAGCUAUCUGUUCGACGAUGAUGCUGAACAUUUUCAUCGAACCCUGAAGAAGGCGUGCGAUGAACACGAUCCCGCAUAUUACCCUAGGUUCAAAAGGUGGGACGAAAGAAGGGGCAUUGGCGGCAUCUUCUUUGACGACCUCGAUGAAGAUUGUGUGGACCUUGAAGAAGGCUUCGCUUUUGCUCAAUCGGCCAUUGACGCUUUAUUGCCAGCAUACAUUCCUAUCGCCGAGAAGAGGAAGGAUAUGCCGUUCAAAGACAAGGAGAAGGAAUGGCAACAGAUUAGACGGGGACGGUACGUCGAGUUCAACCUUGUGCAUGAUCGGGGGAUGGCGUUCGGUCUGAAUGUUCCCGGUUCGAGGGUUGAGAGCAUCCUCAUCAGUCUUCCGAUAACGGCCCAGUGGAGAUAUAUGCACGAUGAGCCGAACCCCGACAGCCCGGAAGGGAAGCUUCUCGAAGUUCUCAGGAAGCCCAAGGAAUGGGUUUGA